UGUGAGUCAAAUCCCUGUCAAAAUGGAGGUUUAUGUCGAGAAGAAAAUAAUGGAUAUAAUUGUAUUUGUCAGGGAGGGUUCGUUGGGAAAAACUGUGAAAACAAACCAGGUAACCGAUGUUUUUAUAAUCCCUGUAUGAACGCGGGUAGCUGUAUAGAUCUUACCACUGACUACCAAUGUAUCUGUCCACAGCCCUAUUAUGGGAAAAUGUGUGAAUUCAACAAAAAUUUUGAACCUAAUAACUGUUUAACUAAAGGUUGUUGGAAUGGAGGAUCAUGUAUGAAUUCUGGGUAUUGUCAGUGUACAGAUGAAUUCUACGGUGCACAAUGUGAGCACCAAGUUUAUAAUACCAGUACAUCCUCACCAGUCAGUAUGUGUAAUGGUGGAUACUGUCAGAAUGGGGCUUCAUGCUGGUCUUCAUCUAAUACAGAAUACUGUUAUUGUCUUCAAGGCUAUACUGGCAAAUAUUGUGAAAAUAAAAUCGUAUGGUGUAAUGGUGGAUAUUGUAAAAAUGGUGGUAGUUGUAUUGGAGGAUCAUAUUGUUCCUGCUAUGGAAUGUAUAGUGGAAAAUACUGUGAAGAUUACAUAUGGUGUAAUGGUGGAUAUUGUAAAAAUGGUGGUAGUUGUAUUGGAGGAUCUUAUUGUUCUUGUGCAGGCCCAUAUACUGGUCAAUAUUGUGAUUAUUAUUCCAAAUGGUGUAAUGGUGGAUAUUGUAAAAAUGGUGGUAGUUGUAUUGGAGGAUCUUAUUGUUCCUGUACUGGACCGUACAUUGGACAAUACUGUGAUGAUUUUUCCACCUGUGAAUCGUCACCUUGUCAAAAUGGUGGAUCUUGUCAAGAUUAUUAUUAUGGUAUUGCCAGUUAUUAUACAUGUAAUUGCCCCCCUGGAUAUUAUGGAAAACGUUGUGAAGGGAGACGGUUACCAUGUGAUAGUUACCCAUGUCAGAAUGGGGCUAGUUGUCAAGAUUUGACUAAUGAAACCUAUAGCUGUAGCUGUCCUAGUAGUUGGGGAAAGAACUGUGAAAGACCAGCCCAUGAUAACUGUACUGUAAGUAUAUUGAAGAAUCAGUCCCAUCUUAACUCUUCAAAAAAGAUUCUAAUCUGUGAAUGUAGUAAAGGUUAUUCUGGUCUUUUCUGU